GACAACAGAUACUUUCGAUAUUCUUAUGGUUUUUGAUAGAUAAAGAAUCCAUCAUGAUUAUGUUUUCCCCCAUCUUCGUAACAUUGCUGCUAGUUGGUCCAUACCAGACUCAUUGCCAAAAUUGCCAUAUGCGAGAGCUUGAUAUAUGUGUGGCAACUCUGGUGUUCAGCCGAGAAUAUGGAGUUCCGGAAACUGAGAGAGAACUUGAUAUUCAAUGUUCAUUUAUCCUUGAAGCUCAGAAUUGCCUUCUGAAUUACACGAAAUCCUGCAUGAUGUCCACGCAAAGUGAAUUACUCGAUUUAGUAGGAGAAGGAUCCAAUUCAUUAAUUAGUCAAUAUUGUUCAAGCGAUACCCAGAUCAGAGAAAGGUACCUGAAUAAAUCCGCCUGUCUCAGUGAAGCUCUGGACCAGCUCACACCAUGCUGGAAAGAUUUAGAAGCUGGGUUGGACAAGUUCGGUGAAAUAAGUUUUGACUUACGUCCCUCUACAUUUUGUUGCACGUAUCAACGGUUCUUCGAGUGUGUUCGAAAAACAAUUGAAGACCAAUGUGGAGUAAGUGGUGUGGAGUUUAUUCUGGAGCUCCUGAGAAUUGGAUUUUCUCGGAUUCCUGAAGUUAUCUGUAGCGGAUCCAAAUACAUUAGCAAACAAUGUGUGGAUUUACUGCCACCACCUGGUACAGAACCGAAAGGCAGUAGGUCCAAAUCAGUAUUGUCUCGUCUCUUAUUUUAUAUUAAGAAUACUUAAACUUCAGCACAAGAGAAACAAAAAGAUGAAACUGAGCUAAUAUAUAAAAUAAUCAACCAAGAUGUCGCCGGCAUUCUAAUUUAACUUUCAAGUCAUGUAAUUCUAUCUUUCUUUUUCUACGUAGCAAUGUUAGAUAAAGUAGUUCACGAUAUUUACGUAAUGCGAUAUUAUAUGCUAUAAGUUUGUGUAGUUUUUGUUGUUUUUUUAUUGCCGAAGUAUCAUAUAUAAGGCUCUUUCUGUGUAUGUGCCUCUUUGCCUCACUGAGACUUCGAACCGAGUAGCAUAUGUAUCAAGCGUUGAUAAUAAAGAACUUUGAUUUCCA